CUCAAAAAAGAAAAAUGGAAAACACUCACUUUGUCCAGAACUCCUAAUCCAGAAAACUCCUUUUUGUUUAACAAAAAACAAACUACACUAUGAAUACUUUUUGAAUAAAUAAACGUGAAAAUGUCGAGUUCGAUAUUAAACGAUCACAGUACAGUGUGUAGAUGUUGCCUCAAAGUGCUGGAUACCACUGGAUUCACUUACAUCGAUGACGAAAAUGGAUAUGUUGAUAAUGUUGGUAAUGUUAGGGAAAUGUUGCAAUUUUGCGUUCCAGAAUUGGAUUUAUACGUUUCAACUCAACCAGUAAUUUGUUACAAUUGCUUGCCGAUUCUAGUGCAAAUCUACAAUUUUAAAAUCAAAUGCCUGAACGGUGAAAACCUCAUAAAAUCCUACAUAACAAGAAACAAUUUGUUUGAUUACAAUCAGGUGAAUUUGAAUUGCGUCCUAAUGGACGAUUUAAAAACGAAAAGCCAAAAAAUUCAAAUUGAAAGUCGAAUCAAAGAUAUGAUGCUUAAAGAAAUACCAGAGAACAAUGAUUCGAAUAACGAGCAGCAAGUUGUUCCAAAUGAUGUGACUCAAUCUAAAUCUAGUGCUAAUAGUAAUUAUGACGUUAAUAUGGAGACAGAGGAUGAUUAUGACGAUGACGAUGAUGAUGAAGAUGAGGAAGAUAAUAAUGAUAAAGAAAUGAAAGUUGAAUUUGAUGAGACCGAGGAAAUUGAUUUGAAUUAUUGUGAAAAUAUUGAUUCAGCAGAGACUGAAAAUAGAGAAAUUAUUGAACUAGAAAAAGAUACAAAUAAAAAUAAUGAUGAUGUAACUAUUAUUAAUGAUCCAACACAAAUUGUAGCUGUGAGAAAAGAUUUGUUUGAUUACAAAAAAGAGCAACCCAAUAUAAUCGAAGAACCAAAAGAACCUGCAAGGGUUAUCUUAAAUCAGGGCAUGGUGGCCCAAAAUGGAAGAAUAAUAAUAAAAAUUGACAAAACAAAACUGCAAAGCCUUGGGAUUAAAACCUUAGCAACACAACUUUCGGAAUCGGAACCAAAAUUAGCUCCCAUACAAGUGACAGUGCCCUCAUCAAGUUCAGAACAGUCCCCGCCAGUGCCAGUGGCAUGUACACCAAAAAUUAUUCAAGUACAAACAGUGAAACCUGCUGAAGAUAUCCCUGAGAAUAAACCUAAAUAUAAUUGUAACAAAUGUGGCUUUGAAACUGAUGAUGUCAUAAAGAUUUAUGAUCAUAAUAGAUCCACUCAUAAUUUCGAUUACACUUGCCAGCAUUGUCCGUUUAGUACUUCAAAAGUGGAACUGUUGGGCAAACACAUGACUAUGGUUCAUCCUCAAAAUAUGGUCCAAAGAAGUUUACAUUUCAAAGUAACGGAAAAUUAUGCUUGUUCCAUGUGUCCUUUCAGCGUCAAAAGUCUAGAUUUGCUUCGAUCUCAUCAUUUGUCUGCUCACGGAAAUGCUGAUGAUAAAGUCCCGAUUGUUUUGAAUUCAGCCUUCACAGAAGAUUGUAUUAGAACUGAGCCAAGAAUCUUAAAAAGAUUAGAGUAUACUUGUGAUGUAUGCCCGUACACUACCAAAGAUAAAUCAAAUUUAAGGAAACAUUUAUUUACUCACGGCACAAAGCCUUUGAAAUGUGAUUUUUGUACUUACAAGUGCGUUUCGCCUUAUCAGUUACGAAGGCAUCAGAAACAGAAGCAUGGAAAGCAAGGGGAGCAAAGGCCAAGAAAUCAACCCUACAUGCUCCCAGAUUUUAAAAAACAAAAUAGCGAUGAAAUGGAUAAUUUCAAAAUAACAUUGGAAUCGAUAAAACGCGAAUUGGAAAAAGAAAUAGCCACUUCUUAGGAUUAGGCAAUGUUAUAUGAUAAUUUAGUGAGAAGUAAAAAAGUUCUAGUCAGAUGUCACCAUUGUUAAUAAGUUUUCUCUUGGGAAUUUUUUUCCAUUAAGAUUAUCUAAUAGAAGUUAAUGGAAAAAACCCAGCCAUAUUAAGAAUAUCUAGUCGGAGGAAGGUAAUAUUUAUACACUUAGCAUUCCUUUGACAUUUUUUUUGUUUGUAAAUACUAUUUAUUUUAAUUUUUUUUGUUGUGUGCCAUUUAUUUAUAUUAGUGUUAAGGCGGAGCAAAGAUGACAUAAAACCCUAUGACCAGCUAACUUGUGAUGAAAAAUCUGAUGGCAAAUGUCUUGAUCAAUGAAGCCUAAGCAUAUAACUAAUGCCGAAAGUUUGUCUGAAUACAUUGAAUUUAUGGCCUCACUAAGAUAACACACUCAAAACUAAUAGGCAAUAUAGGAACAUUUUAUUUUCGAAAUCAACUAUUGCGAUACCUUGUCCAUUUCUGCCAGAACAAAUCGGCAAUCAAAACGGCAGAAUUUUUGAUUUUCUAUCCAUCUCAUUGAUCAAUCUAACCUUUUAUGGUUUAGGCUUUGAUAUUGUUAUACUUCUUUGCUUGAAAAAAUAGCAGACCCAGAUAUUCAUGAGCAAAAUCUCUUUUGAGUGGCUCAAAUUUAUAUUAUGAUAUGCUACAUCUAUGAACUAUGUGUAUGUGACUGUGAGUGAACUAGCUGGGUACCAAUGAAAGUUGGAAAGGUCCAUGACAUAAAUCAAAAAUCAAAAUUCAUGAGUUUCAGUUGCUUCUUCUCAACAAGAACACUAUAAUUUAUCGUAGGUACAUACUUUGAACAGAAUUCAUUGUUAAUGAAUACAUUUGCCAUCAAAUUUAUUAAAUUUGCUUGAUGUUCAAUGGCGUAGGAUUUAAUGUCCCUGGCUCUCAGACGUGUGUGUGUGUGUGUGCAAGGAAAUCACCAAAUAUGCUUAAAGAUAGUUUUUAGCCAAGUACCUAUUCCCAAAAAUUCUUUUCCUAUUAAAUUUAUUUAUUUAUAUACUUAUAUAAUAAUUCAAAGAAAACUAAACAUGAGUUGUCAUCGAAAAAAUGUUAUAAAUGUGGUAUAGUAGGUUUAAACUUUUAGUAAUUUAUUAUUUAUUUAAAAAUAUGUAGCAGUUGGAUGAACUUUUAUUUUGAUAGCGAUAUGAAGAGUGAAUAUCAGCAAUUAGUCUCUUUAAUGUUUAAUUUUUCACAUUGAAAAACCAAUUUAUAUAGUAAGUGAAAUGUAGUUUUAAGCUUUCAAGCUAUCUACAUAAUAUAUCGAUUUUUAAGAUGUGUUACCUAUGUAAAUAUAAGUAAAAAGGUUUUUAUUGUUUUCUAUUUAUUUUAUUUUUUUUUUAACCAUUUUUUUUUUUUUUUCUUAAUUUGCCAUAUAUGUUUUAGUUCUAUUAUUUGUUUCUGUGAUAUUUUUUUGUAACAAUAACCAAAAGUACUCGUAACUAUCUUGCAAUGUAAAAUAAAGAUUUUUUGUGUAAUACAUACAUUGUUUAGUCAUUGAUCCUUAACACUUUCUCUAAUAAAGUUCAAUCAAAAUCUGUAAUUACAGCAAGAUUGCUGUUGAUUUUUUUGUUUAUAAAAUAAUUAUUACUUCUUAUGCAAAGUUGCCAUUUUUAAUUGAUCACUCAUAAUCGCAAUGUUGCUGAAUAAUUUUUGGUUUUCAAGAUAAUGUGGAUAAAAAUAAUCUGCUUUCCGUGAUAUCUGAUUACGAUAAAAGAGAGUUGAAUAACUGAAUAACAUAAUCCUAAUAGGUUUCUCUUAUUUUUUUUCUCAGAGAUCUUUCCUAUUUCGCUUGCCAAUAAUGUCCUUUUAUAACACAUUAGUUCUUAUGACAAUCCUAUAACAUGUUAGUUCUUAUGACAAAAACCGAUUUUACGUUUAUUCUCGAAGAGAUAUAAAAAUGCGGUUUGCACCAAUGAAGAUCCCAUGAAAUUUGAGCUUCAGAGUAGGGGAUUUACUUUUUCGCAUCUCACUCAGAAACUGACGUUUCUUAUUAGAAGUGUCUAAAUUGGCCCACCCUGUACUUAAUACUCAAGUGGAAAUAGGGUAUGAUACAUGGAAUAAGAACCGAUUUUAACGUGGAAUCCAAAAAUGGGUGCGUCCAUUUAAGAGUAAGCGAAAUGGCCUCUCUGGGACCGAUCAAAGUGAAGAGUUUUAUCAGGA